AUGUGCGAUAUUAAUGACGUGGCAAUGGUUGAACAGCUCAUUGACGAAAAAACCAAGCUGAUUUUCACGGAGUCUCUGGGGAACCCCAACUAUGCUGUGCCAGAUUUUGAGUCUCUGGCGAAGAUAACACAUAAGGCACAACUGCCUCUCGUUGUCGAUGCCACCUUCACGGCGGGAGGGUGUUUCUGCCAGCCAGCCUCCCGGGGUGCCGACAUUAUCAUCCACUCUGCAACCAAAUGGAUCAGUGGUAGUGGCACAAGCCUCGGCGCCGUAGUCAUCGAGGCAGGACAGUCCGAUUGGCAGGCCAACGCUGCGAAAUUUCCGGAGCUUCAUGGCCUGCGACCCGGACGCGAGGGCUGCGAUGCUGACCUGUAUACACGCCUGGGCCGUCGCGCUUUCAUCGAGUUCCUCCGAUGGGACACACUGCGGGAUACUGGAUCUUGCCUAAGCCCAUUCGCUGCCCAACAGCUCUUCGCUGGUGUCGAAUCCAUGUCUUUGCGUUGCGCCCGUCAAGCUGCUAACACCGCUGCUCUGGCCGUCUGGCUGCGUGACCACCCGCGAGUCGCCUGGGUGCGGUAUCUCGGCUUUGAAGAUCACCCGUAUCACCAACUAGCAUGCAAGUAUUUCCGUAAUGGAUUCGGCACUGUUCUUACCUUUGGUCUCAAGGGCGGCUCCGCUGAGGGCUUUAGGCUGAUGGACGCCUUCAAACUUAUCAUUAACGCAACCCACGUUAGCGACCCCAAAACCAUCAUUGGCCAUCACUGGUCGACCACGCACAAGCAGUGUACGCCGGACAAGACUGCGGCCAUGGGAGUUUUCGACGACCUAUUUCGCCUAUCUUUGGGGAUAGAGGAUAUACGAGAUCUUACACUUUGA